CCCUCCCCUGUUCCCAUGUUCCUCCUCAGAGCCACCAGCAGCAGCACCACCACGGCCACCUCCUCGCUCCUCCUCCGAUGCCGUCCGCUCCCCUCGCCUAAAACCCUAGCACUCGCCCCGCCUCCUACUAUCCUCCCCUUCUGCUUCCGCUCCCGCCUCUCCGCCUCCGCAUCCUCCGCCUCUCGCCGCCGCCGUGCGACCGCGGCAGCCGCUGCAGGCAAAUCCGGGGAGAAGAAGCCGCCGACCGCGAGGGCCAAGCAGGCCGACGCAGGGCCUGCAGCGGCGGCGGCGGCCGGAAUGUCGGCCUCCGGUGGCGGAUCCUCGGGGAAGCGCACGGUGGCGGACGUGCUGAUGGGGAACGCACGGGCCGCUGCCAGCAAGGCGAAGAAGGCAGCGCCGUCGCCGAAGAAGCCCCGGGCGAAGGCUGACGGCGCGGAGGCCGAACUGGAGGCUGCGGCGGUAGCGGAGAAACCGCCUUCGCCGGUGAGGUCCAAGCGGGCGUCGUCCCCAGCGAAGUCCCCCAAAUUGCUGGCUGAUGGGUCUACAUCGCCGGCUAAGUCCAAGGGUCCAGCCGCGGCCGCUCAAUUGGAUGCGGCGAAGGAGAAUUCCCCGUCGCCAAAGAGGUCCAAAACCCUAGCCGCUAAAUCCGACACCCAGCCUUCUGGUGAAGGUGUUGUCUCGCACACCGAUGGGAAGAAGGGGUCACCCGCGCCCACCAAGGCUAAAGGCCAGGCUUCGCAACAAGAGGAGAAGAAGCGGGCCACUUCACCCAAGAAGGCUAAAACCACAGAUUCCGAUUCGGCAAAGACAGAGGAGAAGAACACCACCCGGGCCACUUCACCCAAGAAGGCUAAAACCACAGAUUCCCGAAAGGCAGAGGAGAAGAACACCACCCUAGAGCUAAAGAAGAAAGGCAGUGAGUUUGACCCGAUGGCUGCUGCCUAUUGGAAGCCUGGUGAGCCCGUGCCAUUCCUGUUUCUGGCUCGGGCACUUGAUCUCAUCUCCAACGAGAGUGGCCGCAUUGUUAUUACAGAAAUCCUAUCAAACGUGUUUCGCACAGUGAUGGCAACAACACCGGAUGAUCUCCUCGCAACUGUGUACCUCUCAGCCAACCGGAUUGCGCCACCUCAUGAGGGGAUUGAGCUUGGGAUUGGGGAUGCAUCAGUCAUCCGUGCACUUGCAGAGGCAUAUGGACGCAAAGAGGAGCACGUUAAGAAGGACCUUAAGGAAUUGGGUGAUUUGGGGCUUGUGGCAAAAGCAAGCAGGUCAUCGCAGAAGAUGAUGUUUAAGCCAAAACCACUGACAAUAGCUCGGGUGCUUAGCACUUUUCGGGCAAUUGCAAAGGAAUCGGGCAAAGACAGUCAAGAUAAAAAAAGAAACCAUAUGAAGGGACUUCUUGUUGCUGCUACUGACUGUGAACCCCAGUACAUCACACGCCUUCUUCAGUCAAAGAUGAGGAUUGGGCUGGCAGAGAAAACUGUCCAAAUGGCUCUUGGGCAAGCUGCUGUAUAUUCUGAUAAAAAUUCUUCGCCACCAAAAGUUCAAUCACCUUUCGAAGAGGCUGCAAAAAUAAUUAAACAAGCAUAUUCAGUUCUUCCAAUAUAUGAUAAAAUUGUCCCAGCGAUACUUGAAGUAGGAGUUUGGAAGCUUCCAGAGACAUGCAAAUUUUCCAUAGGUGUCCCUGUUGGCCCUAUGUUAGCAAAAGCAACAAAAUCUGUCUCAGAGAUCAUUGACAAGUUUCAGGGUCUUGAAUACACUUGUGAGUACAAGUAUGAUGGUGAAAGGGCUCAGAUACAUUGCAUGGAGGAUGGUUCAGUAGAGAUUUAUAGUCGGAAUGCUGAAAGAAACACUGGAAAGUAUCCAGAUGUUGUUGAUGCAGUUUCUAGAUUUAGGAAGCCUACAGUCAAAUCAUUUGUCUUGGACUGUGAAAUUGUUGCCUAUGAUCGUGAAAAACAGAAAAUUUUGCCUUUUCAGAUACUUAGCACAAGGGCUCGCAAGGGUGUUACCAUAAAUGACAUCAAAGUUUCAGUCUGUACUUUUGGCUUUGAUAUUCUUUACAUAAACGGGAAACCUCUUCUCCAGGAACAACUCAAAAUUCGUCGAGAGCAUCUUUACAACUCCUUCGAAGAAGUGCCAGGUGUUUUUCAAUUGGCUACUGCAAUUACAUCAAAUGACCUGGAGGAGAUACAGAAAUUUCUUGACACAGCUGUCAACUCCAGUUGUGAAGGGUUGAUUAUCAAGACAUUGGAUAAAGACGCUACAUAUGAGCCAGCGAAGCGAUCAAACAAUUGGUUGAAACUGAAGAAGGAUUACAUGGAUAGCAUUGGUGACUCUUUGGACUUAGUACCUAUUGCUGCCUUCUAUGGUAGAGGAAAACGAACAGGUGUCUUUGGAUCAUUCCUCCUGGCAUGCUAUGAUGAGCAGAAUGAAGAGUAUCAAACAAUAUGCAACAUAGGUACUGGAUUUUCUGAGCAACAGCUUGAAGAACGUUCUGCGAGCCUUCGAAGUAAAGUGAUAGAAAAACCAAAGGCAUACUAUAGAUUUGCUGACACAAUGGACCCUGAUGUGUGGUUUGAGCCAUCAGAGGUGUGGGAGGUCAAAGCUGCAGAUCUGAGCAUAAGCCCUGUACAUCGUGCUGCUAAUGGUAUAGUCGAUCCCAAUAAGGGUAUCUCCCUAAGAUUCCCUCGUCUGUUGAGAUUACGUGACGAUAAAAGCCCAGAACAAGCCACCACGUCUGACCAAGUCGCUGACAUGUACCGGUCUCAAAAGAUCAACCAUGGUUAUAACCAGGAGGAUGAGGACGAUGACUGAUGCUGACUCAUUUCUUGGGGCUGGAUGGGAUGGUCCACUGAGGUAUUGACCAGAGCAUGCGUUUCCAGUUUGUUCCGGCCUGAUUCGAAUGGCUUAGGGUAUAUUUAGAUUUGUGCAUUCCUCGUGAUACUGUAUCCUGCUUUAGUUUCUUUCUUUUUAUUGUUUAACAUGUGGAUUCUGUGAGCUGACCAAGGCUCAAUCAAACUGUACCGGUGGAAGUUGAGCUGUAUUGACACUAUUAUUAGCACUAAUAUGCGUCACUCUUUUUCCCCCUCUUUUUAAAAUGUGUCACUCUUUGUA